GAUGGCGGAGCUGGGGAAGAAGUACUGCGUGUACUGCCUGGCCGAGGUGAGCCCGCUGCGCUUCCGCUGCACCGAGUGCAACGACAUCGAGCUCUGCCCCGACUGCUUCUCGGCGGGCGCCGAGAUCGGCCCGCACCGCCGAUGGCACGGCUACCAGCUGGUGGACGGCGGCCGCUUCACCCUCUGGGGCGCCGAGGCCGAGGGCGGCUGGAGCAGCCGCGAGGAGCAGCUGCUGCUGGACGCCAUCGAGCAGUUCGGCUUCGGCAACUGGGAGGACAUGGCUGCUCACGUGGGAGCAUCCCGGACGCCUCAGGAGGUGAUGGAGCACUACGUGAGCAUGUACAUCCACGGCAACCUGGGGAAAGCCUGCAUCCCUGACACCAUCCCCAACAGAGUGACGGACCACACGUGUCCCAGCGGCGGGCCCCUGUCCCCCAGCCUGACCACGCCGCUGCCGCCGCUGGACAUCUCGGUGGCGGAGCAGCAGCAGCUGGGGUACAUGCCGCUCCGGGACGACUACGAGAUCGAGUACGACCAGGACGCCGAGACUCUGAUCAGCGGCCUCUCGGUGAACUACGACGACGACGACGUGGAGAUAGAGCUGAAGAGGGCUCACGUGGACAUGUACGUCAGGAAACUCAAGGAGAGGCAGCGGCGGAAGAACAUCGCACGGGACUAUAACUUGGUGCCGGCCUUCCUGGGGAAGGACAAAAAGGACAAGGAGAAAACUCCCAAACGGAAGAUCACAAAGGAAGAGAAGGAGCUGAGGCUGAAACUGAGGCCGUUGUACCAGUUCAUGUCUUGUAAGGAGUUUGAGGACUUCUUUGAGAACAUGCACAAGGAGAGGAUACUCCGAGCCAAGAUUCGGGAGCUGCAGCGGUAUCGACGGAAUGGGAUCACCAAAAUGGAGGAGUCGGCAGAGUACGAGGCGGCCAGGCACAAACGGGAAAAGAGGAAGGAGAACAAAAACAUUGCUAGUUCCAAGAGAGGGAAGGAGGAGGGUAAAGAAGGUGAAUUUGCUGCCAUUGAAAACCUGCCUGGCUUUGAACUCUUAUCGGACAGGGAAAAGGUGCUCUGCAGCUCUCUAAACUUGAGUCCUGCACGUUAUCUGACUGUAAAAACUAUUAUCAUUAAAGACCAUCUCCAAAAAAGACAAGGAAUUCCUUCAAAGAGUCGCCUUCCCAGUUACUUAGAUAAGGUACUGAAGAAAAGGAUUUUAAACUUUCUGACAGAAAGUGGUUGGAUAUCCAGGGAUGCUUCAUGAAACUCAGCUACCUGAGAAAACACAGCAGAGGCCCAUUGCAGCCUCAAGGACUCCGUUAUUUUUUCCUUCCCUCCCCAAAGAUACAGAAACCAUGUCACUUAAAACCGGGAAAAGCAAAUACAUAACCCCCCCACUCAUCAUGAUCCAUGGUGGUUCAAAUAGACUUUUCUCUGGAUCAUGGAAAAUACUCAAUUGUGAAACUUCUACAUUGGAUUUCACUGCUUUUGGUACAUUCUUAGAACAGAUUUUUUCAUGUGAACUUACUCAAGUCCAGUAGUCCCAGAGUAGUUGCUUUAGUCCAUUCUAUUGGAUAAAUGAGUAUCAGUGUAAUCCUUGCUUUUCUUUGAAGGUAGGAGAUAGUUUCAUUUGCUGGGAACUUUCUUCACCCUUUGUUUUGUUCUUUUUGACCUAAUGCUGGCAGCAAAGUGAAGCUUGCAACAGUCCUGAGCUCGGGAGCAGGGUGAGAAGGGACUUUUGUGACCAUUGCUAAGCUUUUGGAACAUUCUCCUUGGCAAAUACAGCCAAGGCACAGGGACAGCGGGUGCGAGUUCCUGUUGGGAGUACAGCAGGGAUGGGCCGUGCCAGGGAGUGGAAGGAAAUGUGGUAGGUGAGAGGCUUCAGGGACUUGUGGAGGAGGUUCUUGAGGAGCUCCCUUCACGCCCAGCUGAUCUGGGCAUCGCUUUGGCUUGAGUUUUUAUGGAAAUAGACCCCUCUGAAGCUUUGAUGUACAAUCGAUACUGUGGUUGCAGGAAUACCCAGGAGCUGUGGUGCUGUUCCAGAGGAGGAGUCAGUGCUAUUGUGGGGUCCCUAAUUUGGGCCAGAAAUGGGGUUGGGGACAAUAAGCAGCCAGUUGUCCUGCAGCAGGUGGGAGCCUCAGGCAGCAAAAUCACUGUUUUCUCUUUUUGGAGGAGCCUGCUCCUCCUCCUCUGGGAUCUGUAACUGCUGAGCUCCUACUGAGGAGGUGUAGCUGCCUCCAGACUUCAGCUGGGAAGGUCAGGAAAAGGGAGCAAGAUUCUCAAAUGGGGCACAAUCACUGAGACUGGUCUUUAAAAGCAAAAGUAAGAAGUGAUGCAGAUCAUGUCCAAAUGCACAGCUGUGUUCCUAAAGUGUGGAGUGGUCAAUCCAGGUACUACAGGCCUACACACGUUGAAAGUGAAAUUACUGACAGGACUGCACCUUGAGAGGGAACUCAUCCCAGCUCUGAUAGUACAGCCUGGAGCAGAGCUGGAGCUGGGCACCAGCUGGGAUGUAACACAGCAGGUGACAGGAAUGCCAGAUCCACAGUACUGUUCUAGUAAGAUCUACUGAUUAAGGGAAAGAUGUUGAAGGAGGUCCAUGAAAGGAUUUUUGUGCUCAUUUCAUCCUUAAAUUCCCGUGCUGGUAUUUGGUUAAAUUCAUUUAACCAAAUGAAUAAAAACUGGUGAUUGCCACACAUGGAAGAUGGCAGUGUCACUUGUGCCUGAACCUUUCUGCUGUCCGAGCAGGAAGCUGUGACUGGAGACCAGCUGGGCAGGUCUGGAGUGCAGGUGUGCCAAAACCUGGAAUCUGUCUGGCUUCAAAACCAGUGCAAGCACUGGAAAGGUCAUCUUGCUUUGAUGCUUUGGGCUGUAGUCAGUGAGGAUAUCACAAAAUCCUGAAACAGUAUUAAUUCUGCAAUUUGGCAGAGGUAUUCUGAUCGGAACUGGUUUCAGUGGAUACAUCCAGCAUUACCAAAAUAGUGUUACCAGUGAGUUUAGAAUAAAAGGGGUACAAUUACAAAGCCAGCAUUUCUAAGGAACUAAAAAACCAAAACUCUAGUGCCUUUUUCUUUUGAGCUUAUGAUGUUAUGUCCCUUCAAAAAAAGUUAAGGGCUAUGUCCUCUUGGAUGUAAUACUUUGUUUGGCUUCUCCGUAAGUGGUUUGUUGUGGCCUCCUUGAGACCAAACUGUCUCUCCUGGCAGCAGUGGAGCUGACUGCAGUGUGCUGAGCAGCUUGAGGAACCACUUCCAACCUAUGUGCACGUACAAGCAGCACGCAAGUUGGUGAGGUACAAACCCCUGGUUAUUUUCUCUGCCCUGCUCCUGUGGGAAGGAAGCUCAGUCUUUCUUUCCAGUAUUCUAGUUAUGCAAUUUGGUUCUUCCUGCAACUUGUUACCCAACUGCCAUAACACUGGUGUUAUGAAGCCUCAACUCUGCACGUAGCUGGGAAUUUAGGAGAAUUGUUUUGUUGUUGGUUCUUCUGGGAUUUUUUUUUUCCUUCAAAUCUGUGAUUUUCAUAUUUCUACACUGUUUUGGCACAUCUUACUGAAGCAAUAGCAUCAAGCCCAUCUGAACAAUAACUUAGGAAAAAAUCUAGGCACCAAUGAGUCAUUUAAAUGUUGAAAUGAAUUCUGCAUUUACACUUUGUAGCUUAAUUCCUCAACCCCUCCAAAAUGUUUCUUUGGUGCUAGACGUAACUUAUUGAACAUCAAAAUGAAUGUAAAAUAAAGUAUUUUUAAUGUAUGAAAUAUGGAUAUCAAUAUUUAUUUUGUACUUGCAAGCAAAUUCGAGGUGGUAAAUGUUUGCUUUAGCAAAUACUAGUCCCUUGGAAAGGGCUUCCCUAGAAGCAAUGUCUCAUGGUCAGCUAUGCUUUUAGUUUUAAAGGUGACUUGCACUAGAGGAUGCUGCUGUUCCGUAUUUCACAUGGAACUGAUUUAGUCUAAGCAUUCCUUUGUUAUGAGCUGCUGGUUUUCUGUUUGAUUGUUUUUAAGUUGAGAUGCAGUUAAUGUUAAUCCAGCAACUUACUAGAGCUAUGCUGCUUCUCUUCUGUGGUGAAGGGGCUGAGGAAAAACAUGUCAAAGAGCUCUUGUUAUCUUGUGUUGAUCUGGAAGUGCUUCCUGUACUGUACAAACAACCCAGCCUUCAUGUUGCUAAUGACAAGGUGUUUUAUAUGCUUAAUGCUCUUGACUUUUCUAAUUAAAGUUAUUAGUAAUGAAUAGUAUCUGUCUUAACAGCAUUGAUGUAAACCUGUGAAAAAGCAACACUCUCUAAGCUGUUCAAAAUACUGACCUUCUGCUCUGGUCAGAGGCCACAGUCAGUCUGUGCAGUCCCAGGGAUGUGUUGGAGGAGCUCUGACUCCCUGCUGACUGCACUGCCCAGCAGUGCCUGCCUUGCUGCACUGUUCUGGCUGCAGCCUCUCCUGCCCCAUUGUAGGCCCAGAAGCUUAACAGCAGUGUCAGUGGGUUUGCACAAGUCUUUGACCAUGAACUGCCUUGUAAAUCACACAGACUAAGCACUCUGAUGUUAUUCUCUUGUGCAGCCACUGCAUCAGAUUUCUUUGUAACUGAAACAAGACUUCUUCAUGAGCCUUUCUGUUCACUCUCUUCUCACAGAAUGUUUUUGCUCUUAAGUGAUGACACACUAAACACUGUGAAGGAAGGCACCCAGUGAGCACGUUCAGCUCAUAGGCUUCCUUCUCCCUUAACAGGAAUGUGGCACUCACUUGAACUGGGUACUGGUGUAGCUGUGCCAGACACAAACACCUGUGCUGAAAUCACAUCCAACCCAACUGAUGUUGUGCACACAGCAUUUUACGACAUUUUUGCAUUGUGUAUUGGUAAAUAAACUUGUGUUAAAAUUUCUUCCCAUGACUGAUUUAACAGGGACGCAGCUUUUGCAGUGAGGAAAACAAAGUCUUUGCAAUGACAAACGCAGACACGUUGUAGCUAAACGGUGAUGGGGGAAAAGUGGCAUUUAUGA